UUUAGUCUUAAUUUAGCAUCGAAAAAAAGAAAAGCCUUCCUAAAUUGCUAAACCUUCAAUCAGUCCGUGUGUAACAAAGGAGGAAAUUUCCAUCAAGCCCUUUCCGAAAGGGUCGCUUUUAAAGACCAAAUUUAAUAUCCGAAAGGUGGUUCUUGUGCACAUCACGUGAAACGCAGCCAGAAAUAUGCACAAAGUAGACGACAAUGCAUUAACCCGGAUGCUAUCUGCCUACAGAGAUCCGACAACAACCAAAAAGGACGUAAUCAAUGUACUGCGUAUCUACCAUGGACUUCAACAUCGAAUAGAAGAGUAUGUGUUCAAUGAUGGCAACACUAAACUGCUACUCAACCUACAUGGUACGAUCCCGGUAAAGUUCAAGGGCAACACGUACAAUAUUCCGAUCUGCAUCUGGCUUAUGGACACGCACCCGAAGAACGCACCGAUCUGCUACGUUAAACCGACGGCUGAGAUGCGUAUUAAGGUGUCAUCGUACGUGGAUUUCAACGGAAAAAUAUAUUUGCCAUACCUACACGAUUGGAAUCCGAAAAACGCUGAUCUGCUAGAUCUGAUUCAAAUCAUGACUGUUACAUUCGGGGAACUGCCACCAGUGUAUUCCAAAGGGCCGGAUACAUACCCUAAACAGCCAUCGUUCAUGCCACCAACUAGCACAUCCUAUAUGCCUGCAUAUCCUGCGCAAGCUUAUCCACCUUAUCCAGUAUCGGGUGCUGGUUAUAACAACUACGGGCAACCGACACCUGGCCUUUCGACAGGAGCUACGGGUCAGGGAUAUCUGCCAUAUGGAAUGCCUUCGUAUCCGACUCCCAUGUCGACAACGCCGGCAAUAAACCAAGGAACUGGUACGAUCACCGAGGAACACAUUCGAGCUUCACUGAUAAGUGCGGUGGAAGACAAACUGAAGCGACGCGUACAGGAGAAAGUGAACCAAUGUCAGGCUGAAAUACAGACGCUCAAACGGACGCAAUUGGAACUAAAUGAAGGGCAAGUCAAAAUCCAAGACUUAGUUUCACGGCUGCAGCGGGAUGAGCAAGAACUGACAAAGAGCAUCGCCGUACUGAAAGAUAAGGAGAAGGAGCUGGAGCGAGAACUGGGAUCGCUCGAACAGGUAGACACCAUCGAUGUCGAUGAAGCGGUCACGACUACUGCACCGCUCUAUAAGCAACUAUUGAAUGCGUACGCCGAAGAAGCUGCCAUCGAGGAUGCAACGUAUUUCAUGGGCGAAGCAUUGCGCAGUGGAGUGAUUGAUCUGGAAGUGUUCCUUAAACAGAUUCGACAGUUGUCCCGCAAGCAGUUUAUGUUACGAGCGCUGAUGCAAAAGUGUCGACAAAAGGCUGGUUUAAGUGGUUAGAAUAGGAGAUCGUGUGUCCAUUACUUUUCGUAGCACGUAGUUUGCCAUUAUUGCACCUGUCUAUCAUCAGAAUCCAGAGAACUUGGCCACGUCUAGCCAUUAUUUUCACUGUAUAAUCGUGAUAUUGUUCUAUUUUCUCCGAAAGGGUCCGAAUAAUUCGUUCGAAAAUAUCAACUCGAUAGUAACAAUACACAGAUAAC